AUGCCUCAGAAGAAGAUUCGCUGCACCUUCAAGGAGUGCAAGGAUGCUGCCCAACGCAUUGUCGGAGACUGCGGCUUCUGCAAUGGCCACUUUUGCGGCAAGCACCGUCUCUUAGAGGACCACAAGUGCGACGGCUUGGAAGACUGCAAGAAGCAGUCUCACGAGCGCAACGCCGCCCAACUCGAGGCCGAGCGUACCCAGGUCAUCCGUGGUGUAUGA